AUGUUCAAGAAGCGCAAGGAGGACCAGGGUGUCGGUCUUGAGGCCGGUGGUGGUGGCGCGCUCGGCAAGCCGCAGCUUUCUUCGGAUGGGAUCUUGCAGGUUGAGCCACAAGAGUUGUUGGCGGAUCCGCCCGAGCCCAAAAAAGACCUUGAGGUUCGCGUGAGCCCAAUUGAGAUCAAGGCGGACGGGGCAAUUCCGGUAAGAUGGAUAGUUGCGAAGCUCGGGAAGGCCCGGUGGAAGAAUAGAAGUGUCGAGGCCCGGCGGGCAAAGGAAUAUGAGUAUGAUCAGUAUAGGUUCAUAACUGAAUCCAGAACAGUCACCGCUGAUUGA